UCCAAGGUGCAGAUUUCGAGGUUAGCCAUCAGAUGAGGGCCAGGUCCGAGAGGCGUGGAGAGGCGCUGGCCGACGAAGACGCGAGCGGUGGUGGCAGCUCCAGCGCUGCCGUCCGUAUUGCCGCCUCCCACGCCCAGGACCGCCACCUCCCGUCUCCCGGCAUCCGCGCAUUCGCGCGUGAGGAGGUGGGCGAGGAGGCCUUCACGUGUGCGGUUCUCUCGGCCGCAAUCUAUGCGGAUGCGCCUCUCGCACCGGCGCGCAGACCUGGCGAGGAGAGCCCUUCGGCCUCGACGCUGCUGGAUCGGCUCCGGCAGCACGAGUGCGGCCUCGACGACGCGAUCGUGCUCGAUCUCUCCCCCGACGGGCGCCUCGCCUUUGUGGCCCGGCUGUCCGGCGACCGCCCAGCGACUUGGACGGUAGCGCGCGGGACGGAGAGCGGCGAGGACGUGGCGGUGGACCUAACGUACCUGCUGCUGGGGCGGCCGCAGGCCAACCCCCACUUCAAGGCGCUGCUGCGCUUCCACGACGAGAACUGCCGGCGCACAGAGCGCCUCUCGGAAUUGGCUGGGUUUCGGCGCUACGCAACGGGCCACUCCAAGGGCGGCGCGGAGGCGGUGGAGCUCGGGCUCGCGCGCCGCGUGGAGGUGCACGCCUUCAACGACGGCGGCGUGCACAACUUUGGGGGCUUCCUGCGCAAGGCGCUCGAGCCGGUCGUCGGAAGCGGCUCGCUCUCGCGCCACCGCGUCCUUGGCUGCCCUUCGCACCGUGCCUGUCAGGGCUCGCCUCUUGCCUUCAGGCUCGCUCUCGUGCCACCGCGUCUUUGGCGACGCCAUCUCCAACUUGAGGCUCAGCUCGACCCUCCCGGCGCAUUGCCUGAGGCCCCACCCUCCAACACCCACAGCUCCCGUCUGCCCCGCACCAGGCUGCCCGUCGGGCGGACGCGGUACUACCUGCAGCGCGCCGACGGCCCGGGCGCGCACGCUGUGCGCAACUUUCUGCCGGCCGGCGAGGACCCGCCAUCGUCCGCCGGUGCGGAGGAGCGGCCACCGGCGUACUACCUCUUCUUCUUCGACCGAGCGGGUCGCGGCAAGCUUCGCGUCUCGUCCCACGGCACCGUGGCCAUCGGCACACUGCUCGGCACGGGGUCUCUACGCAGCGCCGCGUGGGCCUUUGCCCGCUCGAUCCUCCUCAGCAGCGCCGGGAGGCGCACCGCCGCCGCCGCAGCCGGGCUCGCGGAGCCGCGCUCGGCGGCGUCCUGGCCACAAGCGGGUGGUUCACCAUUGACUGAGCACGACCACCGAAUAGGCGCCGCGCUCGGCGGCGUUCUCGCCGCCGGCCUGGAGCCGUCCCUCUGCGCAAGGGGCGGGCGGCUCCGGCUCGCGGCUAGCUGCGCUGAGGCGGGCCUCGCAGAGUGGGUCGGCCGCGCCCCGCUCGCCGCGCCGCUCCGCUCGGCGGCGCUGGUGCUGCUGGCGGCGGGCGGGGACGCCUUCGCCCGCCUCCCCGCCCCGGCGGCCGCCACUGCCCCCAGCGAGGAUGGGGACGAGCCUGGUGGGCGCGCGCCUAGCCACCAGCAGGCACGCGCACCACCCGCGCUGCCACGGCUGGCAGAGUGCGCCGCCGCGUCGGUCGCCACGCACGUGGGCGCGUGGGUCGGCGCCGCCGCAGGAGCGUCGCUGGCCUCGUCGGUGCUCGCGUCCCUCUGGCUCUCGAACGUGUUUGCCGUCGCCGGCGCGCACGUCGGCGCGCGCGCUGCGACGCGGAGGCGCUCUCGCGCGCGGCGCAUCGCGGCGGGCUACGCCGGCCUGGUUGCGGGCGCGCUGGUGUCGCAGAAACUGUUGGGCCGGUUUGGGUGA